CAAGCUUUGCUGUUGCAUUUGGCUAUCUGAGGAAUUUAACGUGUAAGAAACGCUCACAACAUUUCCAAACCCCAGAACGGUAAUGUGCAGUUAACCUCCUCUGUGUAGUGUAGAAAAUGUAUGAUUUAAAAUGUGACCGUCUCGACGUUAUAUUGGUGGAGAUUUCUAGAUUCAUCUUCUUGGUACAACGCCAAAGUUCGCCAGAGUUCACGGGGUCGCGGAAUCACACAUGCUCACAUAUGAGGCAAAAUUUAAUGCAAAAUCCGUUCCUCUAAUAAUUUUAUCUAAAAAUAUUUUUCAAAAUCAUUGAUCAUUAAAAUCAAUCACGUGGCUAUAGCUAAUGUCAUUUUCGUUUCGUUAUUUAACGUUAUAUGGAUUUAAAAUUACAUUAAUUUUAUAGGAUAAUGCAGUUGUUAUGCAAAAUGCAUUAAUGAAGUCAUUAAACAAAACGUAAAUAAACAAAACAUGCUGUUUCAGAUGUAAUUAUGAUGCCAAUAUUUAAUUAUUCCGAUUUAAUAGUUUUUUAUAUAAAAGUUAGUUAACACUUUUAUUUUGGAGGUUUUGCGCGAAGGCAGGGGCGCUCAGAUUGUUAGAAAUGUGAGUGCAAUGGAAAAGACUGAAAGGUCUAUAAUGUGUAGGCUAUGCACACAUUUCUGUGAACUGUGCACACUGUGCCCCCUUAAAAAAAAUUGGUGCAUGACGCCCCUGUUGUUGGAUGUCACAUGAUCUCAGAUUUGACACAUUGACCACAGAUGUUUCAUUUUGUUUUCCUCCACCUGAUAUCAGCACAGAUCUCUGACGAUUUUCCUUCAUCUAGUUUUUUUUACAAUACUGGUAAGUGCUUUAUUAAUGUCAAUGUUAUGGUGCUCAGAUGGACAAUUUAUAUGAAGCUGAUCACAUUUUUACUUUAUUCCUUGUUUUUUCUGCCUUCUCUUUACUCUAUUUAUAGGAUUCAAAAGCCCCUCAAUAAAAUGGCCCGAGUCUGCAGUAUCUGUAUCUGUACAUGAGAGAAGAGCUCAAGAAACCUUUAUGAAAACAUUAUUUUUGCAAUUGCAUGUUAUGCUAACUGCACAGAGAUACAUGUUGCCCACUAGUAGUUGCAAAUAAUAGAUCUUGGUCUUCACACUUUGCUCUCAGAUCAGUUUCGUUAUCUUGAGUCAUUCUCAUCAGUAUGAAAACAGAAGACAGAGAAGAGCAGAAAGCUACACAGGAAGAACAUUUAUCUUUAGCACAUAUCCAUUAUGUUUAAGUGUAAAAGAUCUGAAAUAUCUAAAGUAAUUUAUCACAAUGUGCUCAAGACUGAGAUUCAGGGAUUUGACAGAAUGGAGAUGAUGGUGGACAUCUAUGAAGAUGAAGAUGACUUCAGGACCCAGAAAGACUCUAAUACAAACAGACAACAACCACUUCAGUCUACAGGAAGUGAGCGUGUGAGGAUAAGAAGUUACAGAUCAGUUACAGUGUGUUUGGUGCUGCUGUGUGUUCUUCUACUGACUGCAGUCAUAGUGCUGUGUGUCCUGAUCGAUACAAACAAUCAACAGUUUAACAACAAAAACCUCCCAGAAGAGAGAGACCAGCUACUAACCAAAUAUACCAACCUCACAGAAGAGAGAAAACAGCUACUAACCAAAUAUACCAGCAUGACAGAUGAGAGAGAUGAAUUAAUAGCCAAAUACAAUAUUAUUACUGAACAAAAUAAACAACUGAAUCGAGAGAAAAAUGAGCUGCGGAGACAUUUUAAUGGUGAAUGGAUUUACUAUCAAUCUACUUUGUACUACAUUUCAUCUGAUUUCAUUCAGAAAAUGUCUGGUACCGAAUACACCUGGAUUGGUUUGUCUGACAGUGAUGAGGAGGGCAGAUGGAAAUGGGUUGAUGGCAGCACACUGACCUCUGGCUACUGCAAGGAGGGUGGUGUGGUGAGAUACCUCACUCAUGUUAUCAGAGAACCGGGGUUACGUAAGUAA